AUGGGACCCCUUCUCGACGAACUUCACAACCAAUUCUUCACCAGGCCUCCGGUCCCCACCGCCGACUUCUCAGGCAAGACCAUUAUCGUCACCGGUGCCAAUGUCGGUCUUGGAAAGGAGGCUGUCAAGCAUUUUGUGAAGCUACAUGCCGCAAAAGUCAUCAUCGCCGUGCGAUCCACUUCAAAAGGCGAAGCCGCCAAAGCAGAAAUCGAGCGGGAUUCCAAGGUUGCUACCAAUGUCAUUGAUGUCUGGCCGCUCGACUACUCCAACUAUGCCUCGUGCAAACAAUUCGCCGCCAAAGUCGCAACGUUGGACCGCGUUGAUGCUGUGGUCUUGAAUGCGGGAAUCACUACCGAGAAGUUCGAGCUCUUCGAGGACAACGAGAGUCAGGUUACGGUCAAUGUCAUCAGCACCGUGCUUCUCGCAUUACUCGUAUUGCCAGCGCUACGUACGUCCGCCGCAAACAACCGGGGUACUACACCUAUCAUCAGCAUUGUUGGCUCGGGUGUACAUGCCUACACCAAAUUUCCUGAGCGAAAGGAACCCGGAAUUCUCGCGGCCUGCAACGAUCCGAAAAAGGCUCGCAUGUCAGAUCGGUAUCAAGUCACCAAGCUCAUGUCUCUUUUCGCGGUCCGAUCGAUGGCAGAGAAGACUGCCAACGCCAAACCUUAUGUCAUCAUCAACACCGUUAAUCCUGGGCUCUGCUACACGGACUUAACGCGUAGUCUGACAGGCAGCACCGGCAACGCAAUGAAAGUCAUGAGAGCUGCUAUGGCGUGGUCAGCUGAGGAAGGUAGCCGGACACUUGUCCAUGCAACGACUGUAGGACCUGAGUCACAUGGGGUGUUUAUCAGCGGCAGCAAGAUUCCUAAUAACGGCCAAUCAAAGUUCGUCACCAGCCCCGAAGGUAUAUCCACACAAAAGAAACUCUGGGCCGAGAUCUCGGAGAAGCUCGAGAAGAUUCAACCAGGCAUUACGACUGAGCUUUAG